ACGGACCCUCGAUCCAUUAAAAUGAAUGAAAGGAACCUAUUUUUAUUGAAAGGACUAGACGUUCAAGCUUUAAUAUAAAUAUUAAAUAUAUCGGGAAUAUCUUAGUCAUUGCAGUGUGUACAACUUUGAAGGAAAAAAUCAUGGAUUUGUGAUACAUAUAAGAAUUUACAAAGGUCGCCAAUUCAUGCAUAAUGUAAUAAACCAGGGAAAUCAAUAUUCUGUGUCCUGGGAUCAUUGAAAGAAAAUGCAAAAUAGAAUGAAGUGGUUGAUUUUUCUACAUGUUUUCGUAGAUGUCACAGCAAUUUCUGCAUCGUCAUGUGAGUUUCCAGCGGAUCUAAGAGGAGCGUGGAUCAGUUCUGACAAAGGAUUCCUGAGAUUUAGCGAGUCUGUUAUUUAUGAUUAUCACGUCAUUUUACCUGGAGUGACGUCAGUCGACUUCACCUGUACAGAAAAUAAUGGGACACACUACCUUCUCAAAUCCAAUAGAGAUAUCAACGUGUUUUCCAUGGAAAUGAGCGUGUACAUUUGCCUUAGUUUUGAACAAGUUAGAUUUGACAAUUAUAUUUAUUACGUUUCGACACCCUUAGAGUCCACGGUCAACGAGAGUGUAUAUGCUAAUUCAAAUCUUUUAAACGUAUCCAUGAAUGAUGUUUGUAGUCUUCCCCAGACAACAGACAACAUGCAUAGCCUAAUCAAAAAUGUGUCGACUGAUGAUAUAGUUAGUAUCGAGUGUCCCAACUUUUUACGGAAAUCCUUUACGAACCUUAACACAGAGGAAAAUGGUAUGGAAAAUGUGUGUGUAAAUGGUAGUAUUAACGGAUGUUUGAAGAACACUCAGCUUGUUAUCACAAGUCCAUCUUGCCAUUCCAGUACACAAAUUCCAGGUAACCUUUCGGUGUACUGUCUAUUUCAUGAAACGGUAAAUGACGUCACUUAUUUGUAUACGUGGACAGCUGACACUUUAUCUAUAUCAAGAAGAGGUCAUGGAUUUAUUUGUAUUGAAAUCACCCAUAACGAAUCGUCUGCAACUUUUCGGUUAUUUAAUGAUACCUGCACAGAUGCCUCAAAGAAUACAGAAUUUCUCAAGCUGAAGUCAAAAGAAACUCAUGAAAUCUGUCAAUCAACGACGCCAGCCCCUCCACCUAAUAGAGGAACGGGACAUGCAAAUACUCCGAAAACGAAAAAGAAGUCCACAAAUUGGGCCAUCUAUUUUGCCAUUGUUGUCUGUAUCAUCAUAAUCAUCGGUUUUAUUGUUAUCAUUAUCAAAUUCUUUCGAAAACAAAUGUGUGAUUUCUUCACAAAGAAGCCUCCUCAACAAAGCGAGAAAGCUUCUUUCUCAAACAUUGCAGCUAAUUCUACGGACACAUUAAAUACACAAAUAUAGUAUUCCAAUAGCAUUUUAGAACCAGUUUGAAUAUAAAUCAGAAUUAUAAGAUUUGGAUUUGGAAAGUAUGAUUAUUCUGCAAACUUACUAGCUAUAAAGCAAUACAUUUUGGACGAAUAUUUUAGGCGAGUCAUUUGACGGUUAAUUUCCACAAUAAUAAAUUCAAUUUAGAUAACGUUAACACAUGC